AUGUUAUUUUUGAGAUGUCCAGGAGUCAUUUUCCAGUCACUUUCCAGUAUAACACGGCUUAUUCCAGUGUCAGAGAGAUUAGCUUCCGUGCGGCAUUUUCUCGAUUUUCAUCAAUUUUCUCUGUCAAUACACCUUAUCUGCACCGAUUUAUCAUCCGAAAGCAAGAUGACUGCCCUCAAACUGGUAUCGUCCAAUCGCAUCUUUGGCGGUGAUCAACGAGUCUAUUCCCAUGAGUCCAAAGAAUUACAAUGCGAGAUGAAAUUCUCGAUUUUUCUGCCUCCUCAAGCUUCAGAGGGAAAUUCCAAGGUCCCAGUCCUCUUCUGGCUCUCAGGCUUGUCAUGCACUGAAGCGAACUUUGUCCAGAAAGCAGGAGCUCAGAAAUAUGCAGCUGAGCUGGGUAUGGUAAUUGUCUGUCCAGAUACUUCUCCGCGGAACGUUAAUAUCCCAGGAGAGGAUGACUCAUGGGAUUUUGGGUCUGGAGCUGGAUUCUAUGUUGACGCCACCGAAGAGCCGUGGAAGAAGAACUACAGGAUGUUCAGCUAUGUGACCAAGGAGCUUAUUGCCUUGGUGGAAGGAAAUUUCCCUGUGGAUCCUGAGAGAAAAGGUGUCUUUGGGCAUUCAAUGGGUGGGCACGGAGCUCUCAUUUGUGCUCUGAAGAAUCCUGGAUUAUUCAAGAGUGUGUCCACCUUUUCUGCCAUCUCCAAUCCAGUCAAUUGUCCCUGGGGAGAAAAGGCUUUCACGGGUUAUCUGGGCAAAAAUCGCGAAGAAUGGAAAAACUGGGAUGCAACUGAACUCGUGAAAGUUUACAAUGGUCCACCUCUGGAAGUAUUCCUGGAUCAAGGAGAUGCUGAUCAAUUUCUCAAGGACAAUCAAUUGCUGCCGGACAAUUUAGCCAGUUCUUGUCGUUCUGUCAACUUCCCAUUUAUCUUGAGGAUCAGGGAAGGAUACGAUCACAGUUACUUCUACAUCGCAACUUUCAUUGAGGAACACAUCCGUUACCAUGCUGAUAAGCUUCAGUGAAUUUUUUUUUGCAAUUCCGUUGUAAAGAUUGUAAAUAAAAGUCAGCAAAAGAAAA